AUGGAAAUCCCAUCACUCUCAAUUUCCCAACUUCUCUUUCCCUUACUCCUCCUUUUCCUCAGCAUUUUGGUCUUCUUCCCAAAAUUCACCCAUCGAUCUGCAUCGUUCAUUUUCCAUCUCCUCUCAAGGACCCACUUCACAUGGCGAUCUGAUUCGCCGUUUCAUGGGCCCCAGUCCCAACCAUCUGACCAUGAGAUACCUGCGGUCGUUGACCAGAUUGUGCCUACAUCUGCUGAAGAACUCAACGUGGUCCACUUCAGGGGCGGUCGACCGGAGUCUGAUGAACAAGAAGAGUGUGUUGUAUGUCUAAGUAAGAUUGAAGAAGGAGAAGAGAUUAGAGAGCUGAGAUGUGAGCAUCUCUUCCAUCGAGCUUGCUUGGAUCAAUGGAUUGGAUCUCGUCAUGGGACGUGUCCCAUUUGCCGUGGGUCCCUCCCUUUGAAAAUUGUGGAGAAGAUGGGUGGCAGCAACGAAGACGACGUUGAAGAUCUCAUGUCUCAGUAUUCUUCCUUUCUUGGUUCCAGUCUUCAUACUGUAUAUAACUCAUUGCCGCGACAGCAGCCUUAG